AUGGCCAAUGAUCCACGUGUGAAGGAUGACUGUCACGUCUACUACGAGCUCCAAGAAGCCGCGCUCUUGGAAACAGACAACGAGGGUGACGUACCCCCAACAAUCGACCAGAACAGGAGCGGCGAACUUGAUCCUGCAGAAUACGCUUUUCUUGAAAGUGCCGUGCAGUCUAUAGUAGCCUCAUUUCUCGAUAAUUCCUUUGAACAGCGCGAUGACGAAAAUGAUGGGCACUACGAAGUACUUUUGCAAGCGUAUGAUCUCGCUAUAGCUUGGGCACAGAAGAAGUCGUUACCAAAUGCAGAUCAGGCCAGAACAAAGCGGAUAAUUAAAGCAAAGGGCGGCCAAAGGUCUUACUUCGUGGUUCAACGCAAGGUAGAAGGGAAGUAUCGCUAUGAGAUCGCCAAGGCCAACGAGGUAAAGGUGGCAUUAGAGGACUGGCAAGCUGAGCCAGACAGAUGGGUCGUCGAUGAAACUGAAAAGGGAGAAAAAUUCCAGCCCAAACAAGCGGGAGUAUUUCAAGAAUAUUGGUUCGCUGCCUAUAUGACCCCACCUGCGCGCAUAGUAGGCACGACCCCUCGGUCCCCCACAACACUAUCAGUUGCGGUAUCCGAUAAGGGCCCGCAGGUUUUGAUAUUCGGUGAUUUAGCUUCAUGGAUUGGACAGGAGAAAGCAGAAUCAUUCGUGGAGAAAUCUUGCAAAUCCCAAGGCGUGCCUACCCCAUGGACUGUUAUGUCGCAGACAGUGAUUGUGAAUGAUCCGCGAUGCCAUAAUCCAAUACAAACAAGACGACAAAAGAGGGAAGUUACCACACUUCCAGAACAGGAAAGCACAGGUUCGCCUAAAUUACAGAGUAUCAAUCCAAGUUCACUGGGAUCUAUUCAGAGAAUAAUCGAUGAAGCCAUGAAGAGAACGCUUGAACCCGUCAUCACUGGGCAGCAUGAAUUCCAGAAACAGUUGUUGGAGAUGAUGAUCAGGAUUGAGAAAUUAGAGGACCGCCUACCAGGAGCCCCCACGGUAGACCUGAGCAACCAAACAUGA